GGGCGGCUGGGCGGCGCGGGGAUGAGCGGGCGAGGGAAGCAAAGCGGCAAAGCGCGCUCGAAAGCCAAAUCGAGGUCCUCCAGGGCCGGCUUGCAGUUCCCUGUCGGUCGAGUUCAUCGUUUGCUUCGUAAAGGGAAUUACGCGGAACGGGUGGGAGCCGGAGCUCCGGUGUAUUUAGCAGCCGUGAUGGAAUAUUUGACGGCUGAAAUUUUGGAGUUAGCCGGGAACGCGGCGAGGGAUAACAAAAAGACGAGGAUCAUCCCUCGGCAUUUGCAGCUGGCGGUGAGGAACGACGAGGAGCUGAAUAAAUUGCUGGGAGGAGUCACCAUCGCGCAGGGGGGGGUCCUGCCCAACAUCCAGGCUGUGCUGCUGCCCAAAAAGAGCGAGGGGCAUAAAGGGAAAUGAGGAUUCGGUCCUCCGAUCCCCCCCUCCUCUUUUUAGCCUUCGUAGAAUCCAAACGGCUCUUUUCAGAGCCACC